AUGGGCCAGCAGAGGAACAUGAGGAGCCGUGCGAUCGAGUCCAAGAGGGAGGUGUGUCCCCAGCUAGCCACCAAAGACUCCCUGCUCCUGAAGGAAGCCAGCACCAAGGGCGAGCCUGCCUGGUGCAAGACGCCGAGUGGCCACAUCAAACGGCCCAUGAAUGCCUUCAUGGUGUGGUCGCAGAAUGAGAGGCGGAAGAUCAUGGACCAGUGGCCGGACAUGCACAAUGCCGAGAUCUCCAAGCGCCUGGGCAGGAGGUGGCAGCUUCUGCAGGACUCGGAGAAGAUCCCUUUCGUUAAGGAGGCGGAGCGCCUGCGGCUCAAGCACAUGGCUGACUACCCAGACUAUAAGUACCGGCCCAGGAAAAAGGGCAAAAUAGGGGCCAGCAAGUCCCGGCCGAGGCUCCCCGUGAAGAUAAAACCAUCCGUCCUCAGCCGGGUCACCUCCAGCAGAAGGCAGCCUUCCAAGCAUGACUCCAGCUGCCAGAUGGGAGACUCCGCACUCAAGAUGGAAGAGGACCUCCUAGAGGUGCGGCUGUCGGAGACGCCCUUUGAGGACUGCCCGAAGGCACCCGGCAAGGAGUUCUGGCACAUGGUCCCUGCCGUGCGGGCGGCUGGGGAGAAAAGGAGCAAGACAGAUGACUCCAUUGAGUCCCGCCAGCCGAAGGACCCAGAACCCACCGCGCAGCCCUUCCCAGAGCAGGUGAGCUCCCCAGAGAGCGGGUCCCCCUCCCCGAUGUCAACUGCAUCCCCGCCUUCCUCCUUCUCCUCCUCUGAUGAAGAGCUGGAGGAAGAGCUCUUGGGUGUCCUGCCCGGGAAAGCCCAGCCGAGCGCAGCCUGCGGAGCCCUGGACUGGUCAGUCUUCGACAAAGACCUCGACCUUUUCCCCUUGGGAGUCACCUCUCACUUUGAGUUCCCGGACUAUUGCACUCCGGAGGUGACGGAGAUGAUUGCUGGGGACUGGCUGAUGUCCAGCAUCUCGGACUUGGUCUUUACGUACUGA